GUCAAACGACCGUUCGUGCCGCUUUGCAAAAAAAUUUUUUUUUUUUUUUCGCAACGACACGAACGACAGGGAAACUUUUCUGGGCGGAAAAUUUUCACUUGAAUCUUUUUUUCACCAAGCUUACAACCAAGUAUUUUCUUCUCAGAAAAAAAAAAAAAAAUGCAGAUUUUCUGGUCAAGCCACUUGCUUUGACGAUUCUGUAUAUUUCAUCUUCCUGAUUAUCGUUGUCACUGAAAUCUCAUCAAUGCAAUUGAUUAUGCGAACAGAGUCACAGAAGAACGUCUACAUUCCAUAAUCUUUCUUUGUUCAGAUCUCACUGCCCGUAUUUCUUCCCAGCUCGCAGGUUUUUUCUCUAGACAUACUUGAGAUAUUUGAGAUUACUGCCAAAACUAUGGCUGCUAGGCGCGGGGUUCGUUACACUCCUCUUCCUGUCGAUGAUAAUGAUUAUGAUGGUGUUGGUGGGAGUAGACAUGACCCUCGGUUUGAGUAUAGACCUGGAGCCUAUGAUAGAAUCCCUUGGAAGUCCAUAGCACUUGCACUAUUUUUGCUCUUUCUUGGAUCACUACUUCUCUUUCUUUCCUUCUUCAUCUUGACUGGUCACAUGGGUGGAGAUAAAUCCCAAGGCUACGGUCUCUUGGCACUUGGAUUCCUUGCCUUUCUGCCAGGCUUUUAUGAAACUAGGAUAGCAUAUUAUUCAUGGAGGGGCGCAAAAGGAUAUCGUUUCGCUGCUAUUCCAAGUUAUUAAGAUGUGUAAACCUGCUUUUAGGUUAUUUAAGGAUACUGUGACAUUAAAAUUUGCUUUGUUGUACAGAAUUACAUGGUUUUGAAAUUUUUAGUUUCAAUCUUAAGGUGUAAAACUUUGUACCUUUUCAUCUAGAGUUUUGCUUUCUUGAGAUUGACUGUCAUGUGGGAGUGAUGAAAAUAUUAGCAAAUUACUUAAAAGACA